AUGGCUGAUUUAUUAGAACGAAUGGUCAACCAACAGGGUCAAAGCCAAGUACAGCAUCCUGGAAAUCAUGAGGGAGAGGAGCGUGCCUUAGAACGGUUUCAGAAGUUUCUACCGCCAAAAUUUUUAGGUGGACCUGACCCUGAUAUAGCGGAGAGUUGGUUGGAGCGAAUGUUAGACAUUUUUGCUGCAUUAGGAUACCCGAAAGAACGGCAGAUAGCUUUCGCCGUUUUUCAAUAUGAGGGAACGGCUCGUGCCUGGUGGAAUUUGAUUCGAGCCAAGUGGGAUAGAGAACAAACCCCAUGGACAUGGGUUAAUUUCACUCGUGAGUUUAAUGAGAAGUGCCUACCGCCACUUGUUCUAGAAAGGCGAGAGGAUGAGUUUAUGCGCCUACGUCAAGGGAUUAUGAGUGUGGCGGAGUACGAGACGCAAUUUACUAAACUCUUUCAUUUUGCUCCAGAGUCAGUGCUGACAGACCAAAGGAGAAUUCGUCGGUUUGUCCAAGGUUUGAAUGUGGAGAUUCAAGAGGCACUGACAGUUGCUCAAUUGGAGACAUAUAGUCAAGCUAUUGAAAAGGCACAAAGGAUUGAAAGUACUAAGAAUCAAGUAAAGGCUUUUCAUGAUAAGAAAAUGAGACAACCGGAUACAAGUAGUUAUAUUGAUAGACAAAGCUCGAGAAGCGAGCCACCAUCUAAGAUGAGCCGAGGAAUAAGUGGUCCACGAUCCACAGAGAUCCCAAAUAAAGGAAAUGUUGAGAAAAGUCAGGUAGGGAGAGAGACCCAAAGGGGUACCUCACGAGGAGGUCCGACAUCAGGACCUAGAGUGGCAUGUGAAUUUUGUGGGGCUGCUAACCACGUGGUAGUCACUAUUGAUUUACGGUUCUGA